AUGUCCGAGAAAGAACAAAAAGACGGUUCGGCGGCUCUCGGGCUGCAGAGGACAGAGACUAAGGAGUCCCUGGAGGAUUUGGGAAUAUCAGACAAGUCUCCACCAUUGGACGUCAACUAUCCAGAAGUUGGUCGUGCAGAGAACCCUGAAUUCCCCGAGGAGUACACCAUCGAGACGAAAACUGGCCUCGUCCCUGAAUCAGCACUGAAGCAGGUACGCUCUGAGGCGAGCCAGCACAAGGCCUCACGGCAGGACUCGAAAGAGUCAGGAAAGCGUUAA